UCAGAGUACACGUCAUCAGUGCACGACGCAGCGUGUAGGACUGUGAAGGACGCCGAAUAGAAGCUUGUGAUGAAAUAAGUCUAAUAUAAAGAUCUGUCAGGAGGACGCUGUUAUGAUGGCGCUGUCGUGUCUAACCCGAGCCCUGCGGUCCCUGACUCUCUCCCAGCCUGCCCUGCUUUCCUCGCAGGAAGUUGCACAGACAAAGCUGGCACCUCAUGUGACUGGUGUAGUCCUAAACCAGUGCAGAGGCUUCCUCACUACAGCCUCUCUGAAGCAGAACAAGACACAAUGGAAGCUGAGGGAGAAGUAUACAAUCAAACCUAUUGGCAUGAAGAAGACCGGAGGCAGAGAUUACACAGGAAAGGUACGAACACAUGGCAUUGGUGGAGGCCAUAAACAGAAGUACCGGAUGAUAGACUUCCAGCGGCUGCGCUAUGAACCAACCAAAGUGGACCAGCCCUUUGACGAGAAGGUGGUUGAAGUGCGGUACGACCCAUGCAGGUCUGCUAACAUCGCCAUGAUAGCUGGAGGCAGCCGCAUGAGAUGGAUCAUCGCCACAGAGAACAUGCAGCCUGGAGACGUCAUUAAAACGUCUGCAGUUAUCGGACGCAUGGCAGUCUCAGCCAAUGAGGGCGAUGCGUACCCGCUGGGGGCUCUUCCUGUGGGGUCGCUGGUGAACAACCUGGAGAUACAACCAGGGAAAGGAUCCGAGUACAUUCGUGCAGCAGGCACAAGUGGCGUUUUGCUCCGUAAAGUGAAUGGAACUGCGAUCAUUCAGCUCCCUUCGAAGCAGCAGGUCCAGGUGUUGGAGACCUGCAUGGUCACAGUGGGACGCGUCUCAAACAUCGACCACAACAAACGGAUCAUUGGUAAAGCCGGGCGAAACCGCUGGCUCGGCAUCCGUCCCUCGAGCGGUUUGUGGCAGAGGAAGGGGGGCUGGGCGGGACGCAAGAUCAAACCCCUGCCUCCCAUGAAGGUCUACGUCAACCUGCCCUCCAUCUCUGCGAGCUAACACACUGGACAUUUGCUGGAUUUGAGAUGGUUGUCUCUUAUAUUAAAUCAGGUUGUUUGUCGGAAGAGAAAGUAUGAAUAAAGACAAGCGGUUUGUACAGAAGAUUACAAAUUUUAAUAAACAACUGCUUGUGGAGCAUGGAAAGAAACAAAACAAUAUAAAAAUCCAAAACAUAUUUACAUCUAUAGUAAAACAUGCAGAGUAAUCCAUAUUUUUUUUAGUGGUAAAUUAAAAAAUACUGUCAUGUCCUUUAAAAUAGGGUUUGUGCAAAGACACUGGGUGGCAUUUCAAGUAACAGGAGCAAUGAGAUGGCAUUUAAACAAAUGCUGAUGUUCAUUUGUUGCUGCGCUAAAGGAUGCCAAGUGAUGCCUGCUCAUUGAUCCAGUCUUUUAAAAACACCCCCAUGCUACCUCUAGAAUUAGGG